CCGUAUAAAACCCGAGGAUCGGGUUCGUAUCUUCAGCAAUUCCAUCCGAGACGUUCAAGAAGAAACUGAAAGCCGGCAGUAGGAAAAAAAACCGCACGAUGAUCGAAUUCGAAGUUGGUCAAUUUUCUUGGACAACUAGGACCUUUUCUUAUUCCUUACUUCUAUUUUAUUUCUUCUUGACUUUUUCUACUACAGCGGAAUACGAUUCGAGAGACGUUGGUAGUAUAUCGAACGAUAGAACGCAGGACAACGAUUUUCAUUCGUGUACCGAAGGAAAAUGUAUAAAAAGGACUACCCAAGAAAUAAGCAGCGGUAUGUGGUUUGGUCCUCGAUUAGGAAAACGUCAAAAAUUGGAAAGUCCAACGGAAAUGGACACUGAAUUGGAUGCUGUAGCUAAUGCUUUGGACAAUUCCCGUUGGGAUAUUCUUGCUUUGCCAGGUGACAAAAAAAGGAUUACCGGAAUAAAGAUUAAUCAAGAAGAAGGUGAUUACGACGACGAUCGAAUUAUUUCGAAGUUGAUCAUUUUGGAGGAUCCACGAAAGGACGACCCAUUCUCGAAGAAAUCAUUUUAUUUGUCAACCAAUCGUGGAAACGAUCGAGUUCUUCCUUGGACGAUUUCAUCGCGAUUUCCUCAUAGAACUCGUCGCUUUUCAACGAUGUCUUAGAAUAAUCAUCAGUCCAAGAUCGUAUUUCUUCCCAAUUAUUCGACUAAAUCCUCGUAUAUACGAGAAGAGAGAACAUUUUAACGAUUUAAAACAAUCCAAAAUAAAAUAUAAGUAAUUCAUGUUUGUUUGCAAAUCCUAUUUUCUUUUAUUUUCGUUUAGAUAUCCUUUUCUUCUACAAACGCGAUGUACAAAUAAUCGCAUAGUUGAGUUAACGUUGGUUAGAUAAUAAAAAAUAAGACGAAAAAAAGGGAAAUGUAUUAUUGCUACAAGAAGGGUGGUAGUGGUGGUGAUGGUGGUGAUGGUGGUGGUAGGUGCACAUGCAUCCUAGGGGUAAUUCCUCGUAACGUUGUGGGCCAUGUGGCAACGUUAGAUGAUACAGCUCGUAAUCAUAAAAUACGAAAACACAUCGGGGAAGAACGUAUAGAAGAAGAUACGAAAUUAACCCAUUAACUUCGACUUAUUUCUAAGACGAAUAAAACCAACGAAUCCCGUGUUACGAUUGUAAAACUCGUACAUUCAUUUGAAACUGUAAACACGAUCGGUUAAAAAAAACUUUCAUUUUGUGUUUGUCUACGAAAAAUAUAAAAAAAAAAAAAUCGUGUUUACUAUAUAAUCCUAUAAAAACAAUUUGAUUGGGAUUGUAUGGAAAAGGUUGUGUGGGAAGUUGAAUUAUUUAUUGUAAUUAACAAUUCCAAUUUCUGUUCGGUUUUUGUGGCUUUUUAUUAUUAUUAUCAUUAUUAUUAUUAUUAUUUAUAUAUUCACAAAGGUUACAACUUUUUCGGCUACGUGUACAAGAUUCCAAAAAUCAAAUAAAUUCAUUCAUACAUGAAAUAAUCGCUGGAUUUUUAAUGAACUCACGCAAACACGACGCAUCUCUCUCUUUCGUUCAGAUUCAUCACCACAAAUUAUCGUUAACUGUUAUUAUUUUACUAUUAUUAUUAUUAUUAUUAUUAUUAUUAUCGCAUUUCACAAUUGUAUUUUAUAGAGUAAUUGAAUUUUUAUUCUGGCAAUUUAAAAGUCUUAUAUAUCGUUAAAUUAUAUUUAUCGUAUGGACUUAAUGGUCUAUUUACAUGGCUGACAUGAUUAUUAUUAUUAUUAUUAUUAUUAUUAAUUAAUCGUGAAACGUGGGGUUUGUAAUUCGAGUCAUAUAUUUCGUAGUAACAAAUACACGUGAGGUAUUUAUAGUAUAUGUUACUUGAGAAACUAUUGUAUAAUUAGCUAGGAUCUUUAUUUAUAUAUAUAUAUAUUAUGUUGUAUCUACGCUUGAAAAAAUACUUGCAAAUUUCGCCAAACAUAAAUGUCUAAAUUGUAUAUUUUUUUUUUUCUAACAAUUGUCUACCUAACUAUGGGUUUUUUGUUUGUCUCUUCGUUUGUU